AGUUCUAGUCCGUUACUUCCUGUACCCAGUGCUGUAGGGUGCUAUGCUAAGCUAGCAGGCUGUCCUUAUUUACGGAAGUCGCAGUUUGCUUGAAAUUACAAAGUCUUUUCAAAGACUACACAUUAUUUUAUUUUUUUGAAAAAAGGAAAAUGUGCAACGGCUGCGUGCAAAAAGAAUACCCCGAUCGGGGAAGCACUUGUCUGGAGAAUGGCUCUUACCUAAUGAACUACCUGGGCUGUGCCAAAUGUCAUCACAGGGACUUCGUGUUGAUCUGUAAUAAAGACACAGAGGAUGAUGAUGGAGAGGAGCUUGUGACUUAUGACCAUGUCUGUAAAAACUGUGACCAUGUCAUCGCCAGGCAUGAAUACACAUUCUCUGUUGUUGAUGAAUAUCAGGAGUACACAAUGCUUUGCAUGCUGUGCGGAAAGGCAGAAGACUCCAUCAGUGUGUUGCCAGAUGACCCCCGACAGACUGCCUCUCUCUUCUAGAGCCCAUACUCCAGAUUAAUACAAGACUCUUACUGGAUUGGCAUAAACAAGAUCAUAAAACUUGCAACAAACGUGCUGAUGAGGUUGCAAUCAUUUGGACAAACAAUAUACAUUUUUAAGUCAAGUAUUUCUGUAUGUUGCUAUAUACCAGCUUUUAUAACCAUCUUGAACGUGUCUUGAUCACUGCACUGUAAAUAGACAUUCAGGCAUUCAUGAAUUAACAUGUUUGAAAUAAAAUAUUGACAUAUGUA